UAUACGAGGGGGCGGGGCGUUUAAGGAGCGCUCGGUCCGAGGCGUGACAACGGAGGCGCGUUCACGUAUUCGCCACCGGCUCCUGCGCCCAGAGAGGGAGAGAGCAUCAUCACAACACUGGCACAGCCUUCAGCUUCCUCUGGCCGGAUAUCGAGAGAGGACAACAGGGAAUUUAGAGGUGAAAUUAAAAACAACGAGAGGGAACACGAGAGGCUGUGCGCUGAGGAGCCAAGCGAGACCUCAGCAUCCAUCCUUGCUGCAGCAGUGACAGUAGCCUGGUAGUGACAGCAGUAGGAGCAGAUUCGGGGAUUUUCCGUGUCGGUUGCCCGGUGCUCCACACACCCUGUGCCUUUGAACCAGCAGCGGGGAAGGAGGGGAGGACCAGAGUGGAGGCUGUGCAGAGAGGGGGAGGACCAUGGAGGGGAUGCAGGCAUACGGAGCCGGGAAAGCCGGAGGAGCCUUCGACCCCGUCACCUUCUUCCAGCAGCCUCAGACUAUUCUCCGCAUAGUGUCUUGGAUCUUCUCCAUCGUGAUCUUUGGCUGCAUCGCCAACGAGGGCUACAUCAACCGCCCCAGCGAAGUGGAGGAGUUCUGCAUCUUCAACCGCAACCAAAACGCCUGCAAUUAUGGCGUCUUCAUGGGCUCCAUGGCCUUCCUGUGCUGCAUUGCCUUCCUGGCUCUGGAUAUCUACUUCCCCCAGAUCAGCAGCGUCAAAGACCGCAAGAAGGCGGUGCUGGCUGACAUCGGAUUGUCAGCAUUCUGGUCCUUCAUGUGGUUUGUGGGUUUCUGUUUCUUGGCAAACCAGUGGCAGGUCACCAAACAUGAGGACAACCCAUUGAGGGAGGGAGGAGAUGCUGCUCGGGCAGCCAUUACCUUCUCCUUCUUCUCCAUCUUCACCUGGGGCGCUCAGACUCUUUUCUCUAUGGAGAAGUUAAAGAACGUGACGUUUGAAGAGGAGUACACCAAGCUGUUCCCCCCUCAGCCCAGUCAGCCUCUUGUCUGACUCUGCCUUAACCCUCCACAGCCGGUCCAACACACUCCUGUUCAUGACUGUGGCUGCACUUGUGUAAAGGCGCCCAGUAACAGUAAAUAGUGCUGGAAGUGAGUGUAUUUUUAAUCCAGCAGUAAGAAGAACAGUUGCUGCGAGUAAGAUGUUGCUUAAUGUCUUUUAAUGUCUACCAGAGUUCAAUAACUUAUUUCCUGACCACAACACAUUAUAAUGAUAAUUUAUGUGCAGGUGGGUUGAUUCAGUUGUUGAUCAAUAUGCAUGAUUCAACAAUUGCAUCGCCAAAGGCUGAGAUUUCUGGUCUUGAACGCCUCCUUAAAUUUUCUGUAAUCUGUUUUAGAAUGAAAUCCUCCCCGCACACUGGAAUUAAAAUGUUCCUAACCACAAACUAAUAUUACAUCUUCAUGUCUUUUUGAAAUUUUGAUAGGAAAAAGAAGUCAAAGGAUAAGAAAAGAAAAACUUGCAAAUUGAAUGUUCAUCAUUAAAUUUUAAGAUACGAACCUAGAGAGACUCGUGUGUUGGACAGGGUUAAGUUUGAACCUGCAGGUCCUUGCAGGUGCAGUAGUCUUGAUUUACAGAACAGGAAACUUCUCCUCAUUCACAUGAAGCUUACAGAGUGAUGAGUGCUUUAUCUUUUCACUGUACGGGUCAAAGUCAGUGAUAAAGUCACAAUUUCAUGUAUCGAUUUCAUCAUCAGAGUGCCUUGCAUUAAAGUUUUGGAUUUCACUUGGAUUUUGUCUUGAUUUAGUAUUCAGAGCAUUCUGUCUUUAGACUCCAUACUUUAAAAGGACAAUUCAGUAUUUUCGUAAGUGCACUUGGCUUUCCUGAGAUGAGAUGACUGAUACCGCCCACACUUUUGAGUAUGAAACUUGGAGAACAGGAGGACAGCUUUGUCUGGCUGUCAGCACCGCUGAAGUGUAUUAUAUCUCAUUUGUUUAAUUUGUACAAAAAAUAGUGUAAAAAACCACAGCACGCUGUAGUGAGCCGACAAUCACAUCAUGACAUGACAGGGUCAAACAAGUUUAGAGAUGCUGAGAGGUGGAUUUUGUUACCUUCAGACAAACCCACACUAUCCGGUUCCUCUCUUCAUGCUAAGCUAAGCUAACCUAACCAGCUGCUGGCUCCAGCUAACUAAUGUGAAAAAAUGUUUUUCUCCAGUUUUAUGUUUCAAAGCGUGUGUCCACUCUUCCCCCUCUUUGACUGUUUAAUUAAGAUUAGUAGGUAGAUUAGUUGUUUUUUGUAACUGAGACUGACUGAGACAGUUUUAACUGUUUAAUUUCACAUUUUCUUUAAACAUCUCUAAGUGCUGACAAAAAAAAGAGAUUUGUGUUGUUUUACGGUGCAGGACCUCAUCUGUUUAAUAAAGCACAAAGACACAGUUAAAUUGCUUGGUCCCCACCCGCUGUGGACUGGAGUGGCGCUGAGGUGGUGUUCCUCAUUAAGGAGCUAAACAACGACUAAACAGGCUUCUUGCACUGCUACCUGUAGAACUAACUUGCUCUUGCUGACUAAAUGACUCACUUCUAGUAAUAAGCUUUGCAGGCCAACUAAUCGCUUUGUUCUCUGUCUCUUCUCUCAAACCUUCUGCUCUAACACUCCUGCAUCUGUGCUUCCACUUCUGUCCAUUUCUUCACACCUUUUUGUCCUCUUUGCUUUCCUGUCACCUUCCAUCUCCGAUCCCUCCGUCC